CCUCCCCAUUCCCAUGUUCCUACGAUGGCGACGAACGAAGAAGAGAUGGAAGAGGCGAGGCGAACCCUAAGUCUAGUGGCUGGCUCGCUUCCUCCUCCUCACGCCGUUCUCGACCUCCUCUCCGUUGGGGUAUGCGUUCGCUGCAUCUUUCGGUUGUUUGGGGUUCAUGGGCGUGCUUACUCUUGCCCAUUGAUUACAAAUGCAAUCUUGCAAUCAUUCCUUGAGGAACAAGAUAAGUUCCACGGGGAUAAUGAAGAAAAUGGGGUCGCAUCCGAUGGAAUUAUCCGAUGUGCAUAUACUUCAAGAGAUACAGAAAAUGUCCGAGAAUACUGUAGCAUAUGUUUAGGCAUACUACAACUUUCAUUACACCAAGAUCGAGAACCCACAAAAAGAGUUCCUGUUGAUGAUUUUACAGCUGCCAUUGCUGAACUUGUGAAGCAAGAGGACUAUGACAUUGAUGGCUUUUCUUUUGAAGUCUCAAUACCUCCUGUGGUAGUGGCUAAUGAACGAGCUAUCAGGUUGUAUAUGAAAAACAAAUAUGAAUGUGAAGAAUGGUUCUCAACAAAGUUCCUUUGUGAGCGCAUUUCUGUAAAGGAUGCUUUGAGAUCUUCAAUAACUGCAUCACUUGAAAAACAUUUGGAUGUCAUAUCUGGUGUCGACUCAUUUCAUAUUCGUCUUACAUAUUCACAUCUUGAGGCUUCAAGAAGUCUUCAGAGUUCCUUGGCAAAUGAUCUUCCCUGCAAGAGAGCAAAGACAGGAUCAAAGGAUAAUGUGGUUAAAGCUGAUGGUUCACACGAGAAACCUUUAAGAGAUUCUGACGAACAAUCCUGCAGUGAAUCGGAUGCUGCCGUUUUGCGAGCACUAGAUGGUAUGCAGGAUCAUGUCUUUUGUGAGCGUUUUAAAUUGCCUCCAGAGAAGACUUCAAAAUCAUGCCAUCUGAUAACUACUUGCUACAGGGUGCCAAUGUAUGUUGGUGGUCGGUACCUGAAGAUCUCAAGGAAGGUGAGCCAGACACGCUGGGUAAUUGAUGAUGAAAGAAUGGGUGAAGCAUCUGUUGAGGAGAUAAUUGGGAAGAAUGUUCUUUCCGUAUGCAGAGGUGACAGCUAUAAGUUUCAUGCCGCUGGAAGAGAAGAUAUUGAUGUACGAAUGUUAGGAUCUGGACGCCCUUUUCUAAUUGAAAUAUCAAAUGCACGAUGUAUUCCAUCCAAGGUCGACAUCGAGCUGAUUGCUGAAAAACUAAACAGAAACGAUCAGAAAUAUGUUAGGGUGAGAAAUCUUACUUUGAUUGGCAGCAAGGCAUGGACUCUGAUGCGUGAAGGAGAGGCAGAGAAACAGAAACAAUAUGCUGCUCUAGUCUGGUUUCCUCGUCCACUGACAGAUGAUGACUUGCAGAAAAUAUCAUCUUUAGAGAACAUGGACAUAGUACAAAGAACCCCAAUUAGGGUACUUCAUAGGCGAAGUCAAUUGGAGCGCAAGCGUACUAUACAUUGGAUGAUGAUUGAGAGAAUUUCUGGUUGUUCCCAGUAUUUUCUUUUGCAUCUCUGUACCCAGGCAGGAACAUAUAUAAAGGAAUUUGUUCAUGGAGAUCUUGGACGAACACAUCCUAGCAUUGGUUCCAUCCUGGGAUGCAGAGCGGAGAUAUUGCAGUUAGAUGUCGUAGAUGUGAAGAUGGACUUGUUUGCUUGAAGGACCAAGAUAUGUUACUAAAGCUUGAUAAUUCAACAUGCUUUUAUCACUUGAUCAAGUAGCAUUUUGAGGUGUGCACCGAUGUGCCUACACAUGAAGCGCAACUCCGUUCACCGAAAGCCACAAGAGCAACUGCCUUUGGUAGAGAGAACGAAAAGUUUAAUUAUUUCAAAUUAGUUCGGUACCGGAUUGUAACAUUUCUAAUUUGUGCCCUAACAGAUGAAGUGUCUAUUCAUCCUUUGUGAAGUGUACAAAGCUUCAUUUCUGACAAAUUUGCUUUGCUACUGAUGCAGUUCCAGUUUUGGAAUUUAAAUAGUUAUUUGAUACA